UCGGGGUGGAAAGAUCAGAUUCGAACUAUUAGCUGUGCUUUUCUCUCCGCAUAUCCUGCUGAAUGCCGAGAGCACACACUUGAUGGUUUUGUUCAUUUUAGCUCGUCAGCAUCGGUAACAGUUUGUUUUGUUUUGGGCGGUGGCUAGUACCUGCCGACAUUGGGCCACUUCAGGAUUUUACUUUGCAUCACGCUCUCUGAAUGUCAGACGAUGCUCUGGUCUCUGCUGCUCUUGUGUUUUCACAGCAUCCGGUUUGCUUUGCCCGGACCUUGCAGAGUGGGGCAACCGCUGGGUGUCCAGCUGCCGAGGAACAUCAGCCGAGAGGCAGCUGCUGCUCACUCAGAGAAACUCUUUCAGCAGUUCGUUUGGAAGUUUAAUCGCAGCUACGCGGCAGGAAGCCCCGAAUUCGUUCAGAAAUACAAAGUGUUCCAGGAAAGCAUACAGAGACACUACUCUUUGAAUCUUAUUUCUUCAAUCUUCCUGAAUGAAAGUGGCUUUGCUACUUAUGGAAUCAACCAGUUCUCCGAUAUCCCACCUCAAGUAUUUAGAGCAACAUAUUUGAGUUCAAGAUCAGUGCAACUUCCCAAAUAUAUAUCAGUUUUUAAGGAUACCAAGAAGCCAGCAUUGCCGCCAAAAUUUGACUGGAGAGACAAGAAUGUGGUUACACCUGUACAAAAUCAACAAUCUUGCGGUGGCUGCUGGGCAUUCAGCGUUGUGGAGAGUAUUGAAUCUUUAUGUGCAAUCAAAGAGGGACACCUGAAGUUGCUGAGUGCACAAGAGGUUAUAGAUUGCUCUUAUAGGGAUGCAGGUUGCAAAGGUGGCUCACCCAUCAAUGCCCUAAUGUGGCUAAAUCAGAGCAAAGCAAAGCUGGUGAAAGAGUCAGAGUAUCCUUUCAGUGCAAAAACUGGAAUGUGCCAUUAUUUUUCAAAGUCUACAUUUGGUGUUGCUAUCAAAGGUUAUAAAGCAUUUAACUUCAGAUAUAAUGAAGAUAUUAUGAUGGAGAAACUGUUAGAAUGGGGUCCCUUGGUGGUAGUCGUGGAUGCAGUAAGUUGGCAGGACUAUCUUGGUGGCAUUAUUCAGCAUCACUGCUCUCAAGGAAAGUCAAACCAUGCAGUAGUCAUCACUGGUUAUGACACGACAGGUGAUAUUCCUUAUUGGAUUGUACGAAAUUCAUGGGGAACCAACUGGGGAAUUGAUGGCUAUGUAUACAUCAAAAUGGGAAGAAAUAUUUGUGGGAUUGCUGAUUCAGUUGCAGUAGCGUUUGUAUGAGAAGGAAGAUAUGUUCCCAGGAUCUUGGUCUGCCUACAGGACAGCCUUUUACCAAGAACUGAAUUAAAGACGAAGAGAGUCCAAUUUCUCGACAGCCACUGCAGAUCCUGUCAUGUUACCUAUGCCAGGACCCAUCUGAUAUUUCCUGCAUUUAAAUCAAUGGAAGAGAUUUAGGUGAAUCGCCUCGCACAAGUGUGCUUGGAUCUACCUGAUUUCUUAAUUCCUGCUGGCACAGACAAGAAUGUUUCAUCUUAAAUCUCCUGGACCCUUCGCUGGCAGUAUUGAACCUUCUAUAGCGACAACUGAUAUAAAAUAAGUUGUCGAUGCUAUUCCACCAUUUUCUGAAGUGCAUUGGCAGUGGGCGAACUACCUCACCAUGGAGCAGCCUUAAAAUGUUUUCGCCUUAGUAUUAAGUUAGUUAUUAACAUCUCUUAUCAGUAUUGAUAAUAUUUAUUACCUGAGAAUACCAAGGUGGCUUCGUUUUGUUUUUCACAGAAAUUUGGGGCUCUUUUGGAUUGCAGUUUACGUGAUUGCUUCAUGAUUUGCAUUACCUAAGCGUAUGAUCAUUCUUAAUAUUAUCAAAUAAAUUUUA